UGAUGCAAUAUAUGGUACGUAGUGAGGUGGUUGGGUUCUCAGUAUAGGGCGGCACUGCUCUUGGCGCUCGUGGGUUUCAGGCCCACCCACGGAUCUCACUCUGUUUUGCCGCUUCGAGUAGUUUGUUGAUCGCCAGCCACCUCAUCGUCAUCGCUACCCGACGGAAGAGCCCUGAAUUAUUGGAGCCGCUCGACAGAACAUAAUUUUCUAUCUUGACAAAAUAUCAUUGUCCCCAUUAUAAGUCUCUUUCCAUUGCGGCGGGACGACCCAAGCCUAACCCUCGAGAAUGAAGAUCUCCAGCUGGAUUGCGGCCACAUUCCUCGCCUCCGGCGCACUUUCGAUCGAGACCGUUCCAUUCGAUGCCCCUAUCACAGCAAGCCCCGAUGACAGCAGGAGAGCAUAUGAUGUUUUACGACUUUUGAAGAAGCGCGAUGGCAACUGCCCCAAAGGGUACAACGGAUGCGGUGAUCUAGACAACCCAGAUAUCUGCUGCAGAUCAGGGUCUAUAUGUACCAGCGACGAGGCACAACACAUCGCAUGCUGUCCGAGCAGGGCAGCCUGCACCGGUACAAUUGGAGCGGGGAGUUUCAAUUCCCCUCAAACGUCAGAUGCGACGCCUACAAGCGAUAACGGGCCACAAGUUACCGGGUCGACAAUAUCGGGCGCCUACCCAUUCGUCGCCGUACCUACGUCCUUCUCCGAUGCCGACGAAUGCUCCUCAUAUUAUGAUCGAUGUCAGAGCGACUUUACCCAGUGCAUUACACACUUUGGGGGAUAUGGAGUUACUGUGACGGGAGGGGGAGCGGACUUCACUCAGGCUGGGGCGCCAGGUGCGGCUUCGACAUGCUCCAGCUUGAGAGAGUCUGCAUGCCAUGGUCUUAACCUAGGAGUUUGUGGGAACUACGAAGGCGGGGCUGACGGAGCAGGGUCAAGACGGACUUCGAGCCUUCACGAUCUCGUCGUUGGUGUGGCUGUGGGCGUUGCUGGAUUCUUUAUAUGAGGAAGCAGCUAGCAUGGACAUGGAUAUGGCUCUGGAUGAAAGAAAACUUUGCAUGGAAUUUGUACAUGAUGAUGUCUUUGAUGGAUAUAUGGAAUGACUACAUGAGUAAUGUCCUAUACUGGAACUGUAUGUUUAGUUUGUAUCUACUGGUUUUGAUCUCAAAAUCAAAAUUAUACUAUGGUCGGCUUGGCAAUGUCAGACCCGACCUUCAAUCUCUCGCAGUCGCGGACGCCCAGGAUACUCGAGAAAGUGAAAACCGACGAAAGGACUCGAGAAAUGUCACCGACAAUUGCUCAUGCACACCGCUUGAUCGCCGUAACCCAAAAGCCUGCAGGACAAAGAGCGGGACU